AUGGCCCACCUGAAAACGUACAAAUACCAAAGCGUGGACAAGUCAUGGAUAUCCAACCAUAUACUUCGACACUACUGGAAUGCGGCUGUCAAGCUACUGCCCAUGUGGCUCGCUCCGAACAUGGUGACGCUUCUCGGCUUCUGCUGCAUCCUGUUCAACGUCCUCUUGGUACAUAUCUUUGUACCAGACCUAGUCGGACCGGCACCCUCAUGGCUGUGCUAUAGCUUUGCUGCUGGGCUUUGGCUUUAUUCGACGAUGGAUAACAUUGACGGCAAACAAGCCCGGCGGACGGGGACCUCCAGCGGUCUCGGUGAGCUCUUUGACCAUGGUAUCGAUUCACUCAAUUGUACAUUGGGUAGCCUUCUUGAGACGGUCGCCAUGGGCCUCGGGCCUACCAAGAUUGGUGCCUUCACGGCGCUUGUGCCAUGUCUACCAAUGUUCUUCUCCACUUGGGAAACAUAUCACACACAUACGCUCUUCCUUGGGGCGUUCAAUGGCCCUACUGAGGGACUCAUCAUCGCUUGUUCGUUCAUGAUUCUCUCUGGUUACUUCGACUCUGAGAUUUGGCAACAUCGGGCGGCCGAUUAUGUCGGCCUCGACAAGUACCUCGGUGACAUGGUCUUCAUGGACUUUUGGUUGCCUAUCGUCUUGGGAGCGUUUCUCUUCGCCCACCUGCCCUCAUGCGUCAUCAACGUCUACCGCGCGCGGAAACAACAAAACCUCCCAUUCUGGCCGGUCUUUCUGGAGUGGAUACCCAUGAUUAUAUACACAGCCUCGAUCUGUGCGUGGUGCGCCUCUCCAUACUCUAUCCUCCUGCGGGAAAAUCACCUGGCUAUAUUUUGCCUUACGCUCUCGUUUGUGUUUGGACGUCUCACCACGAAGAUCAUCCUCCACCAUCUUACCCGGCGGCCAUUCCCUUACUUCACAGUGGCAUUGAUUCCCCUCGCUGUCGGGGGAAUCAUGGCAUGGCUACCCUUAUUCGGCUUCGAACCCAUUUCAGCUCGGCAUGAGAGAUGGUACAUCUACGGAUAUUUUGUGUUCGCUAUGGGCCAGUACUUUGUGUGGGCCGUGAGGGUCAUCAAUCGCAUUUGCGACGUGUUAGACAUCAACUGCCUGACGAUCAAGAAGAAGGCGAUCGAUGGCAGGGAGAAGCAGGCGUUCGUCGGAAAGGAGCUGAAGACCAAGUCCAACGCCAAUGGAGAAGUAAGAGGCACGAAAAAGGAGUUGUAG